AUGGAAGAAGAUAACAGCCUAUUCCCUGAAAAUGAGCUUUUGGACAGCGUUCCCCUUUUGGAAGAUGAGAGAGAUGAAUUAGAGGAUCCAGGGUUUGAGGCUGCCUCUCUCCCACAGGAAGCUGAGAAUGGUGCUCAUCCCAAGUCUUCCUGUUUGGUGAAACAAAAAAAUAUUGAUGCUAAUAAAACAAAGAAGAUAGCUGUGGAGGACAGAGCUCAGACAUUUCACCUGAGGAAGACCUUGAGCUGUCUGGAUAAGAUGCAUGAAGAGAAAGAUCUUUUCAUUCAGAAAACGAGAGAGGAGCUGUAUGCCUGUCGCCAGAGAAUGGAACUUCUCCACACACAGCAGGCGAACUUGGCAGCCGAGAUUGCCACAGAGAGUGCAGCCAACAAUGUGGCAGCCAUCGGCCGUCUCCAGGCAGCAUCCAGACGUCUGUGCACAGAGCUGGAGAAUGAAAGAGACUUGCAGGCAAAGAUCUUGGCCAUGCUGGCAGAGAAUGAGAAGGCCAUGUGGCACAUCAAGCUCGAGCAGGGGCAGCUGGAGGACUUCAGGAAGUCAGAUGAAGAGCAGGUGCAGGCCGCCAGGCAGCGCCUGCAGGAGCAUGCAGCGCGGCAGCUCAACUGGGAGAAGGAGGCCGUGGGGAGGGUGGACAGGACCCAGCUGCUGCGGGUGCGGAGGUCCCUGCACAUGCAGAAGGAGCAUGGACUCAGGCACCAGAAGUUGGUGGAAGACGCCCAGAAGAAUCACAAGAUCGCCGUGGCAUUCCUGAAGGCCUCCCUGGGAAGAGUUCGACAGCGAGAGGAGGAGGAGGAGGCAGAGGCCCAAGAACACCUGAGGAGGCGCAUGGAAGCCGUGCUGGCGCUGAAGAACAGCAUCACCGCCAACCGGGAAACACUGCGUAAGUUCCAAGCAUGGAGCCGGGCCAAGGGGCAGCUGGCAGAGCAGAGGGCCCAGGUGGAGAAGGAAGUGGUUCUGGCCCAGGGUGGGAAUGCCUUCAGGCACCUUCUCCAUCAGCGCCGGCAUCAGGAGCUGGAGGCCCAGACGAGGGCCUUUGAGGAGCAGCAGAAGCUCCGGAGGCAGGAGAUCGUCAGCCGCAUCUUGAAGGAGCAGGCCGAGGAAGAAAGCCACAAGAAGCAGCGUUCCCCCAGCACCGCUGCAGCCCUCCAGACCCUGAGGGACAAGACCUGGUGCUACAUCUCUGAUAUCUUCGAGGGGAAGGCCAUAGCCCCAGCUGCCUCUUUCCUCCAGGAUGACGAUGAGGGGCUGUACGGCGAUGUCUCUCAGUUAGGGCAGGCCAUCUCCUGCGAGUCGGUUCAGGCGGAACCUGCGACGAUCCCUGAAGAGGAGGAAACUUUAGCUGAGCCAGAGAUUUCUGGGCUCUGGAACGAGGACCAUAAGCCGUACCAGGUGCUGAAGGAGGGUGCAGACAGAAAGCCCGUGGGCGGGACAAAGAUGGACAAAGACAUCCUGGCCCGCACCAUGGACCGGCUGCGGAGCAGCUUGAUCCACAGGCAGGUGGCCUCUGGGCGUGAGUUCAAAGGCCGCCCCUUCAACAGCAAGCCAGAGAUCAUUCACUUCAAGGACUUUGAUGUCGGCAAAGUGUACAAGAAAAAGAUCACGCUGAUAAACGCCACCUACACCAUCAACUACUGCAAGCUGGUGGGCGUGGAGGAACACCUGCGGGACUUCAUCCACACCCACUUCGACCCCCCAGGCCCUAUGUCAGCCGGGAUGUCCUGUGAAGUGCUCAUCACCUUCAAGCCCAUGAUAAAUAAAGAUCUGGAAGGAAAUGUCUCAUUUAUGGCUCAGACCGGCGGAUUUUCUGUUCCUCUGAAAUGUUCAACAAAGAAAUGUUCUGUAUCCCUGGACAAGGAGCUCGUUGAUUUUGGCAGUUACGUGGUGGGGGAGACUGCAUCCCGGAUCAUCACACUGACCAAUGUCGGGGGCUUGGGCACAUGGUUCAGGAUCCUUCCUGCCUCAGACCCCAGUGAAUCGGAUGAGCUCCAGUCCGUCAUGAAGAUGAGCAGUCUCUUCACAUAUGAAGAUAAAAGUGAGAAAGCCAUCCUGAGUUUUUCUGAGCAACAGCUUGAGGCCAAUGAGUUUUCCCCUAUGGACAUCCCAAGCCGGAAGGACUCGGAGAAGCUGGAUAGCAAGGACCAGGAUGACAUGCGGCCUGCAGAAGUGGAGAGAUUGACUGUGGAGGAGCAGGCGGAGAUCGUGCUAGGGGAGAUAACAGAGGGAGAGCUCAGCCCCUUCAGUUCGAUCAAAGUGCCCAUCAUCUUCACCCCAUCCAUCCCAGGGGAGGUCCACACCAGGUUCAAGGUCACGUUUAAGAAUCCAUAUUGCCCAUCGUUGUAUUUCAGAGCCCUUGGGGUGACCAUGGACGUGCCUGUCUGGGUGCAGAAGCCCAACAUGGACCUGAAGAUCUGCAUGUAUGACCGACUCUACCAGGACUCUGUGCUUGUGCACACACGGUCGAAAGCAGCCCUACGCCUCAGGUUCGAGGUCUGCAAGGAGCUGCGGGGCCAUGUGGAGCUCCUGCCUGAGACAGGUUACAUCCAGGCCCUGUCCUCCUACUCCGUGCAGCUCAAGUUCCUGCCCCGACACUCCCUCCCGGAAGAUGCAGGGAAGUAUUUUGACCAGGAAAGCCGAGUUCUGGAGGCUCCAAUGACGAUAUGGGUGGCUGACCAGAUGAAACCAGUGGGGUUCACUAUCCACGCCAUUGUCACCACCUCAGACCUGGAGAUCAGCCCCUCCGAGGUGGACUUUGGCUACUGCACCAUCUAUGAGGCCAUCAGGACUCAGAUCAGGCUCUGCAACCGCUCGCUUCUGCCCCAGGAGUUUGGGUUCGUCAGACUUCCCAAGUUUGUGGAUAUCCAACCCAACGACGGGUUCGGCACAAUCCUGCCACUGGAAACUCUGCAGCUCGAUGUGCUCUUCCAGCCCACCAAGGCCAAGGAGUACAGCUUUGAACUGGUCUGCAAAUCUGAGAUCAACCGGUGCUUCAAGCUAUCUUGCCGGGCUGUGGGGGUCUACCCACCCUUGGAGCUCUCCCACUACCAAAUCAAGUUUGCAGCCACUGUCUUGUAUGACACCUCCGUGGCCGUGGUGUACAUCAGCAACUCCCACCUGAGCAUGAACUCCCUGACCCACUCUGUGCCCCGGAUUGGCUCAGAGGAUGCCUUCCCCGUGGGGCCAACGUCUUUCGAAUUCCUGCCACCCCCAGACUCACCAAUCACCAUCACACCCUUAGUGGGGACCGUGUUGCCAGGGAAGAGGUGCCUGGUCCAGGUGGCCUUCCGGCCCGUCCUGCCCGAGGAGCUGAUCUGCCAGGAAGCCCUUCGGAUUGCGAACAAAGAAAUGGAGACCAAGCUGGUGCGUAAGGACAUGAGUGCCCGCAGGAAGGAACUGUGGAAGCAGGCCCUCUCUACACUGCAGCCCUGGGACCAGCAGAAACAACAGCUCGAGAGCAGUUCCGACAGGUACCAGGCUGCCCAGGCGUCUCUGGUCAGAGCUUUCCUAGGGAAGUUUGACAAGUUUGUGGUCCCCUGUGUUGUUGCCAGCGGUGACAUCAAAGAUAGGAACAGAUCAGAGCCUCUGACCUUCAGCCCCCACAACACCCUGUACCUGGAGCUGUGGUGUCCAGCAGUGGCACCUCCUAUCGUGGUGACAUCAGAAAAGGGCAAGACCACCUUGAACUUUGGUGAUGUUGCCGUAGGACACCGCAGCAUAAAGAAGGUCUCCAUCCAUAAUAUCUCUCCCGAGGAUCUCACCAUGGAGUUCUCAGUGCUGGACCCCAAUGGCCCCUUCGUCCUUCUGAACCCCUGUGGCAGGCUGCACACAGGCGAGACCCAGGUCUUGGUGCUGUCCUUCUCUCCCCACGAGAACAUCUUGGCUCAAGAAAUGCUGGACAUCAUUACCAAGAGAGGCACGCUCACCCUUACCCUCAUGGGCACCGGCGUGGCAUCCAUAAUCAUGUGCUCCAUCGAAGGUGAUGUGCUCAACAUGGGCUACGUGAUUGCCACGGAGUCUGUCUCCACAAGCUUCAAGCUGCAGAACAACUCCUCACUUCCAGUCAUGUUCUCUGUGCGGCUGGACAGCCUCUCUGGCCGCAGGAGUGAGGCCCAGCGGUUGCCACGGUUCCUUGCCUCACCAGCCCAGAGGACUGAGGUGGUCGGCACACAGAACUUCAGUGGCCAAAGCGUGUUCAGUGUGGUCCCCGUCGAGGGCAUCAUGGACCCAGGGAAGACACAGGACUUCACUGUGACCUUCAGCCCAGACCAUGAGAGCCUCUACUUCUCUGACCGACUCCAGGUGGUGCUGUUCGAGAAGAAAAUUUCCCACCAGAUCUUCCUGAAGGGUAUGGCCCGUGAGCACAUGAUGUUUGUGGAGGGCGGAGACACCCUGGACGUGCCUGUGGAGUCCCUGACAGUGGUCCCAUUGUUUGACCCAGAGCACAGAGAGGCUGGUUCCAAGCCAGAUCCUCCCUCUCCAGAAGCAGAAGAGCUGAGGCCCAUCUUGGUGACCCUGGACUAUGUCCAGUUUGACACAGACACGCCAGCCCCGCCUGCCACCAGAGAGCUACAAGUGGGCUGCAUCCGGACCACCCAGCCGUCUCCAAAAAAGACGGUCGAGUUCAGCCUGGACAGUGUCUCGUCCCUGCAGCACAAGGGCUUCUCCAUCGAGCCCUCCAAGGGCUCUGUGGAGCGUGGCCAAACCAAGACCAUCAGCAUCUCCUGGGUGCCACCUGCCAACUUCGAUCCAGACCACCCCCUCGUGGUGUCAGCCCUGCUGCAGCUCAAAGGGGAUGUGAAGGAGGUCUACAAGGUCAUCUUUGUAGCCCAGGUGGUGACUGGCACUGAGGCCACAGGAGCUCCAAAGAGUGCCCUUGACCCCUCCUGA